AUGAUCACUAGAAGAUGGUUUCACCCAUCACUGAGCGGAGUAGAUGCGGAGAAACUGCUUUUAGAGUGCGGUCGCGACGGCUACUUCCUAGCGAGACCCAGCAUGAGCAACAAGGGAGACUUUACACUCUCUGUUCGAAGGGGUAAUGAGGUAACACAUAUAAAAAUUCAAAACAAUGGGGAAUUUCUCGACCUUUACGGCGGGGAGAAGUUCGCUACACUCUCGGAACUCGUCCAACAUUACAUGGACAAUCAGGGCCAACUGCGAGAAAAGAACGGCAACAUCAUAAGGCUAAAGACCCCGCUCAAUUGUGCGGAUCCCACUACAGAGCGCUGGUAUCACGGACAGUUAACCGCAAAAGAAGCCGAGAGGAUGAUGUUAGAAAAUGGCAAGAAUGGUUCCUUCCUCGUCAGAGAAUCCCAAAGGCAACCGGGAGAUUUUGUUCUGUCGGUGAGAACGCGCGAUCGUGUUACCCAUGUAAUAAUAAGAAGGCAAGACAACAAAUACGAUGUUGGAGGAGGCGAGCAGUUCGAUGACCUCGUUAGUUUAAUAGAACAUUACCGAAACUAUCCCAUGGUCGAAACCACAGGCGAAGUACUAAGGCUUAUACAGCCGUUCAACGCAACGCGAAUUCAAGUCCGACACUUCCACACUCGGGUCAAACAGCUUCAGAAAGAAAACGAAGGCCCAAUCGAGAGCAUGGCGUACAAACAGGGCUUUUGGGAGGAAUUCGAAACGUUGCAAAUGAUGGAGAAUUUACAGCUGUUUGAUAGAAUGGAAGGCUCCAAACCGGAGAAUAUUAGGAAGAACAGAUAUAAAAACAUAAUACCGUUCGAUCACACGCGCGUCGUUUUACGUGACGUGCCGGCCGACGCACCGCCAGGCGCUGAUUACAUUAACGCCAAUUACAUCCGAUGCGACAGCAUUGAUGCCAGUUCCGAUUCGCAGGAUACCAACGGAAGCAACGAGAACAGUUCGCCGCAACCCAGGGAUGGCACGUCAUCAAGAAGCAAAGAAAAGACUUCUCCUAACCAUAAGAGCGUCGUUGUUGCCGAAGAAAAACCCAGGGAAACAACAAAAACUCAGGAGAAUGGCACUCAUAAACUUGUUCCUUCAUUUGUUCUUCGAUCUAAUCCAAAUUACGUAAACACAACACUCCCGAAAUGCGCCACAGUUGCCCCAGAUAACGGUGAAACAGAACACGUUUACAACAAAAUUUACAUCGCCACCCAAGGUUGUCUUUCAACUACUAUUUACCAGUUCUGGUCCAUGAUAUGGCAAGAGGAUGUCCGCAUAAUAAUCAUGACGACCAAAGAGAUCGAACGGGGGAAAGUAAAAUGUGAGCGCUAUUGGCCUGAUUUAAACAAAACCGAGGUGAUAAAAAAAUACACCAUCUUUAACGAAUCUGAAUCCUCUACACAGGACUACACUUUGAGACGUUUUCUGGUAACGAAAAAAGACGAGCCCAACGUGAAAAGAGUUAUCUAUCAUUUCCAUUUCACUGCGUGGCCCGACCACGGUGUUCCUUCAGAGCCAGGGCGGGUUCUGAACAUUCUUUUGGACGUCAAUUAUAGACUGCAGCAGAUAAUGACUGGGUCGGAUCCACCGGCUCAGGCAGUAGUCUGCGUUCACUGCUCCGCUGGCAUCGGUAGAACUGGCACAUUUAUAGUCAUAGAUAUGAUCUUGGACCAAAUACGAAAGGAGGGCUUUGAUUGUGAGAUUGACAUACACCGCACUGUACAAAUGGUAAGAGAUCAACGGUCUGGCAUGGUACAAAACGAAGCCCAGUAUAAAUUUAUUUACAUGGCCGUGCUAGAAUUUAUUGAAACUGAGAAGCAGAGGGUUGGCCUGCGCCCAGAGACGACACAGGACUCGCCCCGAGUGCGAUCACACCCAGUACCUUUUUUAUGA